AUGAUUACCCUGAAAAAACUCAUAGGUUGUUGUAUUCUUUUUACUGUUUCAAUAGUUGUCUUUGCCCAAAGCGAGACGGGCGGGGCUGCGUUGGGCGAUACCACAACAGUCAAUACCCUUAUCCAGCAAAGCAAGGCUUACUUCACGGACUCGCCUGCCAAAGCCAUUGAACUGGCAACCAGGGCAAGACAACUGGCGGAGAGCCUGCAUUUUCAAAAAGGAGAGGCAUAUGCGCUCAAGAAUAUUGGUAUAGCCUACUAUUUUCAGGGCAAGUAUGUAGAAGCGCUGGAAUAUUACCAGCAGUCGCUGAAUUUCUUUACAGAAAUUAAGGAUUAUGUUGGCAUGGCCAAUAUGUACAGCAACAUAGGAGUAGUUUACUAUGACCAGAGCGAUGAUGUAAAGGCGCUGGAAAACUACCUUCAGUCGCUGAAAUUUGCGGAACUCUCCGGCGAUAAACUGCGGAUACUUUCUGCACUCAACAAUGUUGGCGGUGUGUAUACCAACAAAGCCGCUACCUACAGCAAAGCACUUCAAUAUUACCUGCAGGCGCUCCCCAUUUGUGAAGAGCUGGGCAAAAAAGAUGAGUUAGGUGCCAUUUCCGUAAACAUAGGGUUUAUUUAUUCUGAAAAACAGGAUCCUGCAAAAGCGAUGAUCUAUUUCCAGAAAGCAUUGAAAACCUAUGGUAACUCUGAGGGCAGCCUGAAUGCGUACAAUGCCAUUGGCAAAAUGUAUACCGACGAAGGCAAUUAUCCUAUGGCGCUUGAAAACCUUAAUAAGGCACUCCGCCUGGCAGAGAAACUGAAUGUAAAACUGUCGAUGGUAAAAUCAUUUACCCGGCUGGGAAAUGUGUAUGCAAAACAGGGUGACUAUAAAAAUGCCAUCGCCUAUUAUAUGAAGGCAGAAAAACCGGCACAGGAGAUUGGUGCAAAGCUUGAAUUGAAGGAUAUCUAUCAGCAAAUGUCUAUGUCGUACGCCAGGUCGGCCGAUUAUGGGAACGCUUUUAAAUACCAAUCCCUGUUUUCCAGUAUCAAAGACACACUGUAUAAUAUUGAAAAUGAUAAAAAGCUGGGAAGUAUCCAGUUUGAUUUUGACCUGCAGAAAAAACAGGGCGAGAUAAACCUGCUUACCAAAGACAAAGCCCUGAACGAAUUGCAGAUAAAGCGGCAAAAAUUUGCGCGGAAUGCUUUUGCAGGCGGCCUGGUACUGGUCUUCCUGAUUGCCGCCCUGAUCUUCCGCAACUACCGUGAAAAAGUAAAAACCAACAGGAUGCUUGAUCAGCAGAAAGACCAGAUUGAGCAUCUUUUGCUGAAUAUACUGCCUUCUGAGGUUGCCAAAGAAUUACAGGUGAACGGCCAGGCAACACCCCGGAACUACGAUUCAGUAGCGGUCAUGUUUACAGAUUUCAAAAGCUUCACUACCCAUGCAGACAAACUUUCUCCGCAGGAGCUGGUAGAAGAACUGAAUGCCUGUUUUAUAGAAUUCGACAAUAUCAUUGAAAAAUACAAUCUGGAGAAAAUAAAAACCAUUGGCGAUUCCUAUAUGUGUGCAGGUGGUAUUCCAACGCCCGACAACAUGCGUGCACACAAUAUUGUGAACGCCAGCCUGGAAAUACAGGAUUAUAUCAUUGCCAAUAACAACAGGAGAAAAGAAGCGGGCCUGGAACCAUGGGAUCUAAGGAUUGGCAUCCACGUGGGGCCGGUAGUGGCUGGGGUAGUAGGAAAGAAAAAAUAUGCUUAUGAUAUCUGGGGCAGUACGGUAAACAUUGCCAGCCGUAUGGAAAGCAAUGGUGAGCCCGGCCAGGUAAACAUAUCAGCAGCUGCUUACGAACUGGUAAAAGACACAUUCAACUGUACUUACCGCGGAAAAAUAUAUGCAAAAAAUGUAGGUGAAAUUGACAUGUACUUCGUGGAAAGAAUUGCUGCAGACAGGCUAUAUGUAAACACUAUCAUGGUUGAAGACAACAAUGGGCUAUUAAAUUAG